AUGCUACGCUUCCAAUGUUCGCAACUCGUCGUCGAGAGGUUAGAUCCCCUCGUGAAUCCCAACGUCGCCCCAUCUCCACAUCUCCAUCAAAUCGUUGGCGGAAACUCCUUUACUGCAUCCAUGCCACCGGUAACACACGACCUCGCCAACUCUUCCACUUGUACCAGUUGCACUUUCUCCGAAGACUUUUCAAACUACUGGACCGCAGUCCUAUACUUUCGUGCACGCAAUGGCACCUACAAACGUGUUCCGCAAUUUACUAGUGAAGGAUUGAAGGGCAACGGAGGCAUUACCGUAUACUAUAUACCAGACAUGGAUAACCAAACGGCUGUCACUGCCUUCCGUCCCGGAUUUCGUAUGCUGAUCGGCGACGCAACAGCGACCACCCAAGUAUCCUCUGCACGCAAAGUGUGCUACCGAUGUUUACCAGAAGUUGGCGAAGAAAAUCGCCUUAACUGUGUAGAUCCGGAUGCUCAGACAUUCCCCAAAGGUUUCUGUCCUGGUGGAAUACGCUCUGUCAUUACCUUUCCAACUUGCUGGGAUGGUGUCAAUUUGGACAGUCCAGAUCACCAAAGCCAUGUAGCUUAUGCAAACGGCUCGCUAGAUACCGCCGUUGGGCCCACGGGAAAUUGUCCAGAAAGUCAUCCCGUCGCUAUACCGCAGGUUAUGUAUGAGGUUAUGUGGGAUACAAGGAUCUUUAAUGACGAAGCGCUGUGGCCUGAGGAUGGAACACAGCCUUUUGUGCUUAGUACUGGAGAUGCAGAUGGGUUUACCCAGCACGGCGAUUACGUCUUUGGUUGGAAAGACGACUCGCUCCAGCGAGCGAUGGAUGCGCGCUGUACCGGAGAUGUUUGUUCGGUGUUAGACUAUCAGUCUACUGAGGAAGCGAUGAAAUGCACUGUACCACGGACCAUUGACGAGGAUAUUGAUGGAUGGUUGACCGAACUUCCGGGAGGACUUAUGAAGAUCUGA